CAGGAAGUCUUCUCAGGUCAUUAAUAUAAACAAACUGCAGCCAGUGAAACCUGCUCAGUUUGGUGUUUGAAGAAACAACAUGAAGGUAUUUCUAGUGCUGCUGGUUCUUUGGCUUCCAAAGUGCAGUCCAGACAAACACUUGCUUCGCUUCUUGACCUUCUGUCAGAGCAAAGAGACUGGUGACGGCCAGUAUGAUAUCGAAUUUGACGGCGAUCAGCUCCUCUACGCCGACCCCAGCAGCUAUCAGAUAUUUCAGAGUCUGCCAGAGUUUGCAGAGCAGUGGACCCCUGAUCCGGACCUCCGUCCAGAUGCAUAUGUGUCUCUGGGUACCUGCAGGUACAACGUCGGACUAUUCAUGAAGAGAGGAAAUUAUCCUCCAGAGUCCAUAGUAAGUCCCACCUCCGUGAUCUACCCCAAACAGGAGAUGGAACUUGAAGUCCCCAACACGCUCAUCUGCUUUGUGAACAACCUCCAUCCACCUGAAGUCGUCUUCACGUGGACCAAGAACGGGCAGCUGGUGAACCAGAGUAUGGUCAGCCAGACUCAGUACUACUCCAACAGCGACUUCAGCUUCCGCAUCUCGUCCUUCCUGGACUUCAUUCCGCAGGAGACUGACAUCUACUCCUGCAGCGUGGACCACAUCAGCCUGCAGGAGCCUCUCACCAAGUUCUGGGAGGUUGAGGUACACAUAGACAGGCAGGAUGUGGAGACAGCGGUGUGUGUUGGUGGUGUGAUCCUGGGGCUGAUUGGAGUUGUCACAGGACUCUGGUUCGUCAUGAAAGCCAACAAGUCCUGCCAGGCGUAGCACAGGUCGACACAACUGACACCUGAAUUUCGAUGUCAGAUGUGUGAUCACCUUGUUUUUUUCUCAGAGUGAGAAUAAUUUUUUUCCCCAUUAUAGUUUUAUUUUUUAUUUUUUUUACACCUGCACUGUUUAUUGUUGUCUCUAUCUGUAUCUUACAACACUGAAAGUUAACCUGAGCUAGAAACAAAUCAGUUAAAGCUGUAGUUUGUCCACUCUUAUGUCUGUACUGUAACAAUUUGUUUAAACAAAUAAAAUAAUAAGGGAACAUUUGUUUGUA